GGGAAAAGGCGUUGAGUAGAACGCACCUCGAACAGGUUUCGCCGUCGUCCGGAGAAACAGAAAGGUGCUCAAUUCCGCCCAGUGUGGAGGUAUUUUUUCGGUGUUCCCGCUACAAAAUACAACAAAAUAAAUACAAAAUAGGCACUUUCGCGUCGGGUUUUAACAACAAUUUUCAAGUGUUUCUGUUCGCAAACAACACAAGCUGAUAGAAUAUUUGUGACUGUGGCAAAAACAAAAAAAUACAAAUUAAAGAAAAGCUGUUUAGCUAAAUCCAAAGAGAGAGAGAGAGAGAGAGAUCCAAAAUUUUUGAUACGCAAAAAUACAAAAUACGAAAUUUGAUAAUACAAACUAUAGCCAAAAUUAAAAUCAAAAUCAAUUCCAAUACCAAGUGCAACAUGGUUUCCCACAAAAUGUUCAAAAUGUCUAACUAAAGAGUAACUAAGAGUAAAGAGUUAAAGCGCAUAUUAUACGGAUUGAAAGGGCAUCGUCCAUCAUCUACAUCCUCAUCUGCGAGAUCUUCUUUGGAGUACGAGUACUGAAACUGGAAGCAAUCCCCACAAGAUGCUGACCAUGGAAUCGGAUAUGAAGGGCAGCCUGCUGCAUGCUACGAUGCCGCCGCAUCACACGAGUGCCGCGUUGCACGGACAUGCUGCAUCGCCGUACUCGGCACUGGCCCCCCUGAUGAACCUGGGCCAGUCGCACCUGACCCACUCGCAGCUGAGCCACCACAACCACCAUCACCACCACAUGAGCGCCCACAUCGCGGCCAGCCAGAGUCCCAAUCCGCUGAGUUCGCUGCAGUCCUCAAUGGCCAAUACCCUGAAUGGCAGCCAGGUGGGCGGUCAGCAGCAGCAGAGUUCGCCCCUGCACAGCUCCAGCGAAUUGAGUCCCACGCAGAGCAGCAUUGGCAGCCACCACAUGACCUCGCCGGUGAGCCACCAGCAGCAUAGCCAGCAGCAGCAGCAGCAGCAGCACUCCCAGCAACAGCAGCAACACUCCCAGCAGCAGCACCUGGCCGCCGGAUCCGCCCUGAGCAGCCUGACCGGCGGUUCCAGCAACAACAACAACAACAGCGCCACGGCCAACAAGAACCAGCAGCACGCGGACCGCGUGAAGCGGCCCAUGAAUGCGUUCAUGGUGUGGUCACGGGGCCAGCGGAGGAAAAUGGCCUCGGACAACCCCAAGAUGCACAAUUCGGAGAUCUCGAAGCGGCUGGGCGCCCAGUGGAAGGACCUCUCCGAAUCGGAGAAGCGGCCCUUCAUCGACGAGGCCAAGCGGCUGCGGGCGGUGCACAUGAAGGAGCACCCGGACUACAAGUACCGGCCACGCCGCAAGACCAAAACGCUGACCAAGACCAAGGAGAAGUACCCCAUGGGCGGCCUCAUGCCCGGCCAGGCGGUGGGCGGAGGCGGGGCGCCGGGCGAGCCGGUCACGCCCACCCGGGCGCAAGGUCAGCCGGGCCAGAAUCAAUCGCUCAAUGGCAGCGGAGGCAGUGCAGCGGCGGCGGCGGCGGCGGCAGCAGCGGCGGCCCAACAGGCGCGCCAGGAUAUGUACCAGAUGAACGCACCGAACGGAUACAUGCCGAACGGCUACAUGAUGCACGCCGAUCCGGCCGGAGCCGCCGCCUACCAAACCUCCUACAUGACCUCCUACAUGGGCCAGCACUACUAUCCCCAGCAGCAGUCUAGUCUGGAGCAGCAAAUCGGAAUGUGUCACCAGCAGCACCAGCACCUCCCGCAUCUGUACCAGACGGUGUCCGGCGGACAGACCUCUCCGUACGGCAGCAGUCUGCAGCAGCCGGGAUCGCCGUCGCCCUACGGCGGCAGUAGUCUGCAGCAGCAGCCGGGCAGUCCGGCUCCCUACGGCGGAGGGGGUGGCGGGGGGACCCAGGUCUCAUGCCAGAGCCACAGCCCCAGCGACUCGAGCAUCAAGUCCGAGCCCGUGUCGCCCAGUCCCAGUGCCAUAGCGCUCAACAACAACAACAACAUCAACAACAACCACAUCAUGAAGCGGGAGUACAGCUCGGCGGCAGCGGCAGCAGCAGCAGCGGCCGGCGGCGGGGAGCUGAAUCACCUGAUGAACAUGUACCAUCUGCCCGACGAGCAGAGACACCUGCUGCACUACCAGACUGACUCGCCGGACCUGCAGCAGCAGCAUCAGGCGAUGCAGCAGCAGCAGCAACAGCAGCAGCAGCACCAACAACACCCGCAGCACCACCAGACGAUGCAGCAGCAGCAGCAGCAACACCACCUGCAGCACCAGCAAUCGCUGAGGACGAUGGCGCCACUGGCACAUAUGUGAGAAAUGGCCAGCGCCUAUGGAGCAGCAGGCUCCAGUGUGAGCGUAUCGCCCCCACUGCCGCCGUACAUGCCGACGGCCUCGCAGCAGCAACAACAGCAGCAGCAGCAGCAACAACAACAGCAGCAGCAGCAACAGUUGCUCAAUGGACGGCCUAGUCCGACGGCAUCGGGGUCGUCGGGCGGCCGCUCCUCGGCGCAUUCCAGUGGCCAUACCGCCGCGCAUUCACCCGCCUUGGCAGCCGCCUACCAACUGACCCCCUCCGCCGCUGCACCCCUCUCCAGCGCCAGUGCUUCGUCUGUUGCUGCUGCUGCUGCUGCGGCAAAUGCAGCGGCUGUUGCUGCUGCUGCUGCGGCGGGCUCUUCGUUCGCCGCCUCGGCCAGCAUGCUGGACAUGCAGCAGCAACAUCUCGAGGAGCAGCAACAACACCACCAUCUCCACUACCAGCAGCAGCAGCAACACUACCAGCAGCAGCAACAGCAGCAGCAGCAACAUCUCCCGCAGCAGCAACAGCAGCAGCAGCAGCAGCAACAUCAGCUGUACCAUCACUAUCAUCCUGGCCACGAGGCAGCGGUGGCCGCCAGUGCUGGCCUCUUGGAUAUAUCCACAUUGUAAAUUAUUGAAAAUAUUAACUAAAAGCCCUAGGAUACGCACACCACCCACACACACACACACACGCAGACACAAUUUUAGCCUUAGUUCUUAAGCAGGUUUAAUUCGAAAUUGCAGAGUAAAACACACACACACACACAUACAGACACCCACACACACAGGCGCAUAUAAAUAAAUGAAUAGGAUUAAUGUUUAGUCAUUUAAAUGAAGCAUACGCACUGUUGUACCACAAUAGGAAGAUGACAACCAACACUCACUUGCAUUCCGUACUGUUCUGCCUCGAUUUCCUUUGAUUUUCCGCAUUUGCUGCAUAGCUAAAACAAUUGUGUGAUACAAAUAAAUUGUUGCGAAUUACUGAGACAACAAAUCGUUUGAUUUAGCAUUUCAUUUUCACCCACUUUUUGCUGUACAAAUCAUUCUCAGACAUUAAAUGUGCGUUCGAGGGAAGCAACAAAGAAAACAAAACGAAAAACACGGAAGCAAACACAAGUUUAGUAAGAAUAAAGACAAUUGAUACGAGAAAAGAAGGGGGAUGAAAAUAUUUCAGAAAAGCUAAGAAAAAUGUCAAAAACAUUCUAUUUUAUAAAUUCUCUUAUGCAUUAAGUAAUUAUAAUUAUUAUCUAUUAUAUAAACAAUUUAAUUAUUAAUUAUGCUUACAAAUACAAGACAAGACAACCAUAAUUAAUUGUAAUAAAGCGAAAAACAAAAUUAUUAUUAUUAAAACAUAAAUCGAAACGAAGGCAAGCAUCUACUGCAUAAUACAAAAAACACAGCAAGAAAAAAUGUUAGUAAACCUAAAGAAAAUUUAGUAAAAACAAAACCAAGAAACGUGCAAAACGUGAAUGUGAAACAUGGAGCAAAGGCAGAUAAAACAUACAAAUCCAACAAAAACAUUGCCAAGCACCUGGAAAUAAUAAAAACAAAACCCACAAAAAAUCCGCAAAAAAACAAAUAAAAGAAAAAUCUUUACAAAAAUUUC